AGGGCCCGCGCGCUCGGUUCCGGGCCGCACCCCGCCCCUCCCGCGGACCCGGAGCCCGCGGGCGGAAACCCGAGCUGCGAGCCGUCUCCUCCCCCGACGCGGCGGCCGCGGGAGCCUGCGAUCCACGCCCCGCCCCGGGCCAGGUCCCCGGGUUGCCCAGACGACGGCGCAAGCCUGCGGGGGCGGUUCCCGGGGUUCCCGUUCCGCCUCCCCCGCGAAUGGCUGCUCGGCCGGCGAGCGGCCGCGCCCUUCCCGCCCCGCCGGCCGUCCGCCCGGCGUCCCGCGUCCAGCGUCUGCGCCGCUCCCGAGGGCGGUGCCCGUCUAGAGGACCCCGGCGCAGCCGGCCCGACCCCGUGCCCUGUCUGCUGCGCGUGCGAGGGGGACCCGGGCUGGCCGGCGGCCUCCUCACUGCCCGCGCCGCUGGAGACCGGGUCUGUCGCAGACCCGGCGAGCCCAGCCGGCCACACGCUUGCUGAGGGCCGGCUGCUCCGGCGCCAGCGUGCAGGCGUGGACACGCUUGUCCCCCGAAUGGCCCCGAGAUGCGUCCUCUCACCGUCCCCACUUCACAAAAGGACGGGUGGGUGGCCAGCGGCCUUCCCAAAGCCAGGAGUUGCGCCCCUCGCCUCCCCGGCAGCCGCCUUCUAAGAGCACAGAAGGCCGAGGAAGAUAAGGCAGGACCCAGAGACUGGGGGCCACUGGGGUCAGAGCCGGAGCUGAGGUCCCCGAGUGGCGCAGCUGAGGCACGCGCUGCCUGGCCACCCUCACGCGUGGGACGGCCCAGCCUGCCAUAAAUUCUAGCUUAUAAAGGCCACGUACUGAGCCUAAGUGUGAAAGGUGAGAGGAAGUGGACACCGAGGCUGGCCAUAAGCAGCCCCGCUCAGCAGACACAGAGAUCUCGGUGGAGUCAACAAAUCCGGAUUGAGUCUGUUCUUGCAGGUCUGUGGGUUACCUGUGGUGGGGCAGGCACUGUGUGGGCCACACAACAGAUGUCAACCAGCCCCAGGCCCGCCCUGUGCGCCCCCGGAUGUUCACAUCUGCUGGGCCUGCUCCAGCUGGAUUCUGACCGUGUCUGGCCCCUUUCUGGGCCUCCCUCACCCCUCUGCAGGCUCCUGAGGUUUCCCAGUUUUACUCUUGGCCCAAGGACUUAGUUGCUUACGGGGCAAGCGUUUCUCUUGACCUCUGUGGCUCUGUCCCUUAAAUGGAAAUGACACUCUAUCCAUUUCACUUCCCAAGGCCAGAGUGAGACGAGAGGGUCACUGCAGGAAAAGGGCCCACCAUCUGCAAAGCUCUCCCAUGGGGGAUAUCAACCUGAUCUCUAGGCCCAGAGAGGAGGGAGUCAUGACCCCCGCACACUCAUCAACUGUAUCUCUCUUCACCUGGAGACUGGCGUCAUGGCUGUAUCUUACCCACGAGAAACAGAGCCACCGAGAAGUCAGAAACACGCUCCCAAUCGCACAGCAAAAUUGACUCGUUCUUUGGGGUGCUCCUUGGAGGCCUUCCCGACCAGUUCCUACCCUCCUGUCUAUGACAUGCUUUCCCCUCAGCAUGGACCUGGACACACAGAACACACCUCCCAGGCUUCAGAGGCUUUAAUGAAGAGCUCUCCAGCCCCAGCCUGAUGUGGGGGCCUCUCCUCUCCUGCCGUGCCGGCCCUGGGGAAUGGGGCAUGUCUCCCCAUACCCCCAAGCCUGCACAAAGCCAAACUGGGGCAGCGAGUCCAAGAGCACUGCAGCAUUCGCGACUGCAGCUCCAGCCGCCGCCGCCCGAGCCUCCUAGGCCUCCUGCAGCAGCCGCCGCCGCCCGAGCCUCCUAGGCCUCCCGCAGCAGCCGCCGCCGCCAGCACCAUGGCCAGCACCCUGUCCGCCUACAAGGAGAAGAUGAAGGAACUGUCAGUGCUGUCACUCAUCUGCUCCUGUUUCUACUCACAGCCGCACCCCAACACCAUCUACCAGUAUGGGGACAUGGAGGUGAAGCAGCUGGACAAGAGGGCCUCUGGCCAGAGCUUCGAGGUCAUCCUCAAGUCCCCUUCUGACCUGUCCCCCGAGAGCCCAGUGCUCUCCUCUCCCCCCAAGAGGAAGGACACCUCCCUGGAGGAGCUGCAGAAGCGGCUGGAAGCAGCUGAGGAACGAAGGAAGGCUCCAGGCGCCCCCUCCUCCAGUAGGGUGGGCAGUGCAGCAGCACCGGCUGUCCCAGUCUCUUCGCUCCAGCAGCCCUGGGGACCCUCCCACCGCCCCCACACCUCAGGGAACUCAGGACCCAGUGCGGAUCAAGCACCUACUUUGUGCUCAGCGGGCAGACGUUCGAGGAGGAGGCCGUGCGGGUUCCGUGACGGCCCCUAAGUUUUGAAUUUGCUCCUCCAACAUUCCCUGAGCGCACCCCGGGCUUGGGGGGCGGGGCGGCGAGAGCCUGUCUCGCUGCCGGGCGCCCUCCGCCUAGCAGGAGGGUCGGCUCCGCCGGCCGAGGACGGACGGAAAGGGUGAGCAGCUUCCGGUGUGUCUGGGGCUGGGGGUUCUCCGGGCGCGCCCGCGGAUCUUGCGGGGCCGAAGGCCAGAAGUCCAGGCAAACCGAGACCCGGUGAACACCCUGGCCGUCGGCGGGGCCGUGGAGACCUGAGCUCCCGGAGGGCGCGCGUCCGGCGGGCAGCAGGGCAGGGUGACGGGCACUGGGCGGAGCCCUGACCGCGCGCGGGGAGGCCGGGCCGGCCGGGG